AUGAGUCGCCCCCUCACCUUCGUUCCAACCAAAUACAGCCUCAUAACUACGCCCCGUGAUGCGCUUUUCCGGGGCUUGAAGCCUGUCGUAGAUCAGGCUGGACCCUCUGCUAAUUCAACCAGCACCAACUGGUCUGGAGCGGUUGACAUGAGCCUUGGGGCUGGUGAUUCCUAUGUGACGGUCUCCGGCUCUUGGACUGUCCCCAAUGCUUAUCCUCCGGAUUCUGCCAAGCUGGCUACUGGCGGCUGGAAGGAUGGCACUUACUUGUGCGUUUCAUGGGUUGGGAUCGAUGGUUGGGGUAGCGCCGACGUUCUGCAGGGCGGGACUGGCUCGGAGUGCAUCGUCUCUGGCGGCACAAUUCAAUCCCAGACAGCUUUUGGCUGGUUCGAGUGGUAUCCGUAUUCCUGGACCGACUUCUCCGACUUCUCAGUCAAGCCAGGUGACAGCGUGCACUGCCUUGUGUGUGCUCCAGACGGUGCGGGUGCAACAAAGGGAUAUGUGUUUUUGAGCAACACCAGUACCGGCCAAUAUGUAUCUGCCCAGCCAACGGCACCUGGCACCACAAAGCUGGUUGGCAAUUGUGCUGAAUGGAUUAUGGAAAACCCGUCACUGGGUGGUAGCGAGGCACCAUUCCCGGAUUACGGAGCUGAGUUCUUCUACGAUUGCCAGGCUGGGACAGCCAAGAAUGUCGCGAAAAACUUGAGCGGUGCAACCCUCUUGAAUUUGGUGGAGAACCCUCCCACAACGCUCAGCACUGCCGUAGCAGAGAGCGAUACCAUCCUGAUGACCUACGCUGGGGACAGUGGCCCAUGA